UUUCAUUAUGUUAUAAAAUGGAGUAUGCAGUAAUAGAAGAAGCAAAUGUACCAGUUGAAAUCACUGAAUUAAAAGAUACAGAAUCUACAGAAAAGUUUCAAAAGUUUAUUCAAGAAUUAUUCGAGAAGAAUGGAAUAUUAAACGAUUUAAGAGCCUAUUUGCGAGUGCAUAUUUUAGAUGUUUUGAAAAGCGCUGAAACAGGUGAUAUUACACCAUGUCAAAAGAAUUUCACUCAGCGACUGGAGCUUACAUUUCAAGCGAUGAAUAUAUUGAUCACUGAAUAUUUGCUAAGAUUGGACUUGAAUUACUCCUUGUCAGUUUUCACAUCGGAAAUACCUCUGUCCAAUAUGGUUUUUAAGUUUGCUAAGACUCUUUUGAAAACAAACGAUGAUGCUAUUUCAAAACUGAGGUUCGGAGAGAGUGAUAUUUGGAAAAUUUUAAAUUAUUUAGGUAUAAAAUGUGACUCAGAACAUGCAUUGAAAAUAGUUGAGACUUACAAGAGUCAACCAGAACCUCUUUUAUGUUGUAUACUAAAAUGUAUACCAAUUUACCACGAACCCACCUUAUUUGAACCAGUGCAUUCAUCUGAAGAGAGUAUCUCUCGUGAUAAAAAUGAAGGUUUACAUGAAGAUAGAAUGACUUUUGCACAUGAAAUAAGUAAUAAAUGUAAACAUUAUACUGUCUGUGAGGCUUGUCAAGAAAGAUAUACAAGGUUAAAGGAGAAAUAUAAAAGGAAGAAAAUUGAACUGGAAGAGAAUCGGAAAGCUUCCGAAGCAAAUGCCUUGAAUUUUGAAACUUUCAUGAAAAAUGUCGAUAUUCUGGAGCGUACACUGAUUGACGAGAUGUACGAGCAACUAAAAACCGCUUAUGAAACUGAAGUGGAUAUCAUUAGAGAUGAAAAUGAAAAUAAAAUAAGACGUUCAAUUGCUAACCAUGCUUUACAGUUGCAGAAUUAUCGGGACGAGCUCGAGAAGUCAUUCGCGGAGCGUCAUCGCCAACUGGGUGAGAGUGUUCGUCAGCGGCAGCGGUUUCUUUGUGAACUGGCGCAGCGGCUGGCGGCGGUGCAGGCGCAGGUUUGGCUGCAGUUUAUUCUUGACCGACUUCGAAAAAAGGCGGACGAAAAAACUCACAAAAUUCAAAUGCAAGACGCUGAAGAGACUCUCAAGAACAAGUGCGAACUAAUGCGAAGACAGAUCGCAGAAGAGCUAAAGAUAUUACAAAAUAAUUUAGAAACAGUCAAACAAGAAAGAGAUGAUAUCGACAGACAAAAGGCUGAAUUGGAAAACCUAAAACAAAUAUAUAACACUAAUAAUAUCUUAAAAGAGAAAACUCUCAAAGAAAACGAAGAUCUCAAACGUCAUUACGAUCUUUUAAAAGAUGAAAUAGCAAUCUUAAGGAAAUGUCUAGAGAACAGUAAAACUCCUAAGUAUUUAGUAGAAAAAGGCACAGAGACUGAGAGUCACGUUAACAAUUUGAACAACGGAAGUGUGGGUAGUCUGAAAAAUGACGAUGAAAGAUUGAAAGUUAGUCAAGUUGUUAAUGAUUUCAAGAAACAGAAGAAUGUUAAUUUUAGUCAAAAGUAUUCAGAAGAUCAUCAGCGCGGUUCUUUUAACGUCGAGAUGACGUCUGAAACUGAAAAUACGACAAUACAGCAUUUAAGAGAAGAAAACGAAAGACUUAAGGCAUUUGCUAAACAGCAAUCAGAACACAUCGACAGACUGACCGCCGAUCGACAAAGGUUUCAAAACAAAGGGACGAGACCAAGAACAGCGCCAUCUACCGCCUGUAACAGUUACUACACUCAAAGUGUAUUGAACUAUCCGUGCGAGCUUGGCGUACAACCACGGGUUUUGUUCCCGACUGACACAAUACCGUUUAUAGGAGUCGUGAAAAACAGACAAAGCGACGAUAAUCGAAGACGGCUGUUAACUCAAUGGCGAAGGCAGAGAAGCUCAGAGGAAUCUUGUAAGAGGAAUCAAGCUAAUACUAGUACAAAUGUACAAAAUAACAAACAGACAGAUGACGCUUCGCAACCUAUUGUGCGUGAAACACCAGCAGCUUAUAAACCAGAAAGUCCCGUGAAAAGCGCAUUAAGAGAUAAAAGUCCCAACACAGUCCGGAAGACAAAACAGAAGUUACGAAACAACAAUCUAAAGGAACCGACCCCCCCUCGAGAGAGAAGUCCAAACGCUACACUACGGGAAGCUAAACUUCGUCUAAGAAAACUAGAAAUAGAAGCAGAAGCAGUGCAAAGAUCUUAUCUAGACUAUAAAAAAAGACAGAUGGAAAUGAAAGAUGUAGAGGAUUCAAUUAUAAAUAUUGAGGAUAUAAAAGAAAUUGAUAAAAAACAGCGUAAGUCUUCAGAAAAAUUUGAGAAAAACCACAGUAAAAGUGAAAAAUUUGUUUAUAAAGAUUCACCUGAAACAAUUAAGAAAGAUUUCGAUAAAUAUUUUCGAGAAUACCAAAAUGUAGACAUCGGAAAAACACACUUUUGUAACUUAAAAGCUGUCAUUGAAAAAAUUAAACCCAUUCCCGAAUCGUACUCAAAAUUACAAGACGAAAGCAAAUAUAAUAAUAUUAAUUACUUAGAAACACCUCUGAUAGAAUUUAGAAAAUUUUAUCAAACAGGAAAUAACAUCAAAAAUAAUGAGCGUAUUAAUUUUAAACCAAAUUAUAAUAACCUAAACACUGACAAUGAUAGAAGUGAAGAAACUAGUACAAAACUAGUUGAUAAGGUUAUAGUCGAAACAAGUUCCCAUUUAAAAAUUAAAGAAAAUAAUUAUAAAAAUAAUAUAAAUCAAGUCAGUGUAAAAAAUGUACCACUUAGUACUAAAUUACUUGAAAAUACAUUAAUUGAAACAAGUUCCCAAUUAAAAUUCCAAGAAAAUAACAAAAAGGACAAUACAAAUGAUGACAGUGACGUAAAAAAUGAAUCGCAAAUUGAUAUAAAAAUACAAGAAAAUAAAGAAAAUAAUAAUAAUAAUCAAAUUAAACCGUCUGAAACUGAAAAAGAUACAAAUAUUAACCCAGAAUUUGUUCAUAUGAAAAAAUCUAAAGAGGAAUCCUUGAGUCAACCAAAUAUAGUUGAACUAAAUUAUACCGAAAAUAAAAUUGAUAAUAAUAAAGUUGAUACUUCGAAAGAUAAAGAAAAUGGCCUUCCUAUUGAAAUCAGUAACGAAAAAUCUGCUACAGUUUUAGAAGAAACAGCUGAAACAAUUGAUUUCAUUGAAGUUGAGAAACAAAAAACUGAUAUAGAAGUAGUAAAUGAAGAAAAUAUAAAUGAUGAUAAUCUUCUCAUAGUCGAAGUCGAAAAUGUACGUACAACGACAAAUAUAGGAGCGACAGAAUCUAAUCAAGAUAUGUUAGUCGUAGUUGAAAGUUCUAUCGACAAUAAUGGACUAGUUUUAUCUGAAACAGAGAGCACUAAAGAGAUAAUACCCACACAAAUGACUAUUAUCGUAAGUCCUAAAGAAGAUAGUAUUCUUAAAGACAUUGAUAAAACGAAUUUAUCACCAGAAAUAACAAAAUUAUCAGAACAUGACGUUUUAAGCGCUAUCUACCACUCUGAUAACAACAAAAUAUCUAGCCUUGAUCUCGGAUUAGAUGAAAAUAAGUUAGAAUUAGAAUUAAAUAGCGAGAAGGAAACUCAAGAAUAUCAAGAUGAUUUUUCAGCUGAUGUCGACAAUUACAACAGCCAGUCUGAAUAUGGAAAUAAUUCUCCCAUAUCGCUACCUCAAACAUCUGAAAACGAUAAUUUUUGGGACUCCUAAAUUAGAAAUAAAACAAUUAAAACCAUUCAUAAUUUAUUUAUCUAGUUACGCGAAUUGAAAUAUAUUAUAUACAUCAAUUUCUUCAAUAUAAAAGUACAAACAUUCUUAAUAUUUUCUUUUAUUAAUUCGUGCAACAUUCCAUUAACAUUUGGCGACGAGACAGAAAAAAUAUAAUAAUAAAUGCCUAACUUAAUAAAUGUAAUUGUUGUUAAACCGGAUUAUAUGGAAUUGUACUCUUAUUAAAAUGCAAAUUAUGAAUUAAUACAAAAUCAUACAUUUACACAAGAAUUAUAUUUGUACGCAAAUACUAGAAUUUUGCUAGUAUUUGCUAUUUACAAAAAAAAGGGGAAUAGAUUCAAAUUGGGUGUCUACAUAUUAGGUUACAAAAUAUAUAUUAAACAUAUAGUAGUUUAUAGUCCAACUAUUGUUAUAAAAAUUCUAAAAAUAUGAGAUUAUCAUUAACUUUUUCAUUUAUCAUUAAAUUUCGAUUCUAAUUUGUGAUGUUAAUAUUAGUAAACAAUAUCAUAAUAUUUCAAUAA